UUUAUCUCCACCACUACCGGGUACUGAUCCCUCACUCCAGCUGAGUCUGAGAUUACAUUGCUUAGCGAUCGAGAGCUAGCUAGGAUUCGAUGGGCGACAUGCAGAUCGUGUUGGCUGGGGGAAAGAUUGAGGCGCAGCACGUGGAGAUGAAGGUGCCCCUCUACUCCUACGGCUGCGAGAAGAAGAUCAAGAAGGCGCUCUCCGGCCUCAAAGGGAUACACUCGGUUGAGGUGGAUUACCAGCAACAGAAGGUGACGGUGUGGGGCAUAUGCAACCGGAACGACGUGCUGGCGGCCGUCCGGCGGAAGCGGCGAGCGGCACUGUUCUGGGGCGCGGACCAGACGGAUCUGAGCGAGGACGCCAGGCUGGAUGCCCCGAAGCACUACCUGCGAGCCUUCACCGCCUACAGGAGUAGGAAGUCGUGGAAGAAGCUCUUCCCCAUGAUCCGGCUGUAAAAUCAAGGCAGCGAGCUUAAUUAGUUUGUCGGUGACUGUCUACUACUGUCUAGCCAUGGCUACGCCGCCUACGCGUGUGUUGCACGAACGGUCAGGAGUUGCUAGUAGUCUGGUACGGUGGCGCAUGAUGUUGCAUAUCGAAUAAAUGUGCUCUGUUCUUGUCUUCUAGAA